ACUGAGAGGGAUUUCAGACUUACAGCAUUUCCUGAGCAAAGUCUGAGGAAUGAUUACCAUUGGAGCGCCAGUGACUGAUAAAGGAUGAACGAAGUGUCCCAGUCAGUUUUACACCCCUGUCCGCUCUAAACUCUCAAAACUGGACACUCAGAGCAGAUGUUCCUCCUGUGGGGAAUGGAAUGUGACCGACCACUUUAUAAUGAUUAACCCCCUCCAGCGUUGGUGAUUGCGGGGGUCCAGCGGGUUUAUUUGUGUUGACUGAUGUUGUAAGAGCGUGUGCGGAAGGAGGAGUGAGGUGUUCUGAAAUGUGCUGAUCUUCUUCACACGUUAGAAACUCAGAAAAAUCUGAACCGGACAGAACUCCCAUACAGCGGACCUGCAGAAGAAACUAAUAUGGGUUUCGCUGACCUUCUGAAUGAUGUUGGAGGGUUUGGUCGCUUUCAAUGGAUCCAUGUGGCUCUGCUGUCCAUACCCAGCCUUCUGAUGGCCAGCCAGAACCUGCUCAACAACUUCACUGCAGGUGUUCCUGGACAUUACUGCAAAAUACCCAACAUAACUGCCCUUGCAGAGACUCAGAACCUAUCAGAACCCAGCAGCGCAGAGAUACUGCCAGCAUUCAUCCCUCUGGAGGGAUCCAAACUGUCCAGAUGCAGCAGAUACACCACCGCCCAGUGGCAUCUCCUCCACCAGAACGCAAGCCAUGCAGAGUCCAACACUACCGAUGCAGAGACCGAGACCUGCCAGGAUGGCUGGACCUACGAGAGAACCGAGUUCAUCUCCACCAUAGUGUCUGAGUGGGAUCUGGUGUGUAAACUACGAUCACUGAAGCAGAUGAGCCAAACCAUCUACAUGGGGGGAGUUCUGGCGGGCGCCAUUAUAUUUGGAGGACUGUCAGAUAGGUUUGGACGGAAGGCUUUGCUGAUCUGGUCGUAUUUCCAGCUGGCCCUGUUGGGCUCCUUUACGGCGCUGUCCCCGUCAUACCUCGCCUACUGCACCUUUCGCUUUCUGACCGGCAUGUCCGUCUCCGGGGUCAUCCUAAAUGCUGCCUCUCUCAAGGUCGAAUGGAUCCCGACUGAAAACCGGACACUGGUGGGCACCAUCUCCUCCUUCUUCUUCACUUUUGGUCAGGUGCUCCUGGCAGGUGUGGCCUACAGUCUAAAGGACUGGCGUUAUCUGCAUGUGGCUGUCUGCUCACCGUUCUUCAUCUUCUUUCUCUACAGCUGGUGGUAUUCUGAGUCGGCUCGCUGGUUGGUGCUGAAUGGCCGGUCAGAUGAAGCACUGAAGCAGCUGCACCACGUCGCUCGGAUCAACGGCAGGCCAGAGAUGACCAAGAAAAUCACGCUGGAGGUUCUUCAGUCCCACAUGCGUAAAGAAAUCGAGUCCAGUAAGACAGUGUACACUGCCUACGACCUGCUGCGAACUCCAGUGAUGAGGAAAAUCUCCAUGUGCAUUGUGGCGGUCUGGUUCUCCACCAGUUUUGCAUAUUACGGUCUGGCCAUGGACCUGCAGAAGUUCGGGGUGAAUAUUUAUGUUAUGCAGAUAAUUUUUGGUGCUGUGGAUUUCCCCGCAAAACUGGUGGCUCUGGGCAUGCUCAGCUUCUUUGGCCGGCGGAUGACCCAGGCCUCCUGUCUCCUCGCCUCGGGGGCCGUCAUCUUUGCCAACAUAUUUGUCCCAAAAGAUAUGCAGAUGGUACGGACAACACUGGCUGUGCUGGGAAAGGGUUUCACCUCUUCCUCAUUUACUUGUGUUUACCUGUACACUGGAGAACUGUACCCCACCGUCAUCAGGCAGACUGGGAUGGGCUUUGCCUCAAUGAUGGCUCGAGUGGGCUCCAUGGCUGCUCCAGCUGUCCUCAUUCUGGAUGAACUCUUCCCAGCUUUCCCCAGCAUAGUGUACGGAGGAUCUGCGGUGGUGGCAGGAAUCAUUGCCUUCCUGCUCCCAGAAACCCUCGAUGUUCCCCUGCCGGACACUGUUGAGGAUGUGGAGGAGAAAUGGGGACAGAAAGGGCGGAGUUUUCAGAAGCAGGUAGCGAGUGAAUCAGUGGCUCUGGAGGGGGUGGAUAAAACUCGAGGAGAAGAUGAAAAACCAGAUGUACUCUGAGACACUUCAUCCAUCACCUACAUUUACUUGAUAUUACUGGAACAGAUUCAUUCUUAUUGUUAUAUACUACAGAUAUACCUUACUGUAUAUAGUUUACAGUAUAUACAAUAUUGAUAUAUAGUUUAGUGUAUAUAUUUACAACAAAUAUAUGCUUUAGUGUACAUACUGUACUGUAUUUACACUACAGAUGUAUACUUUUCUGCCCAUAAGUCUGUAAUCAGUUCCCUUAGUAAACUUUUUUGCAAAUAAAGAUAUUUUGGGUGUUAUUAUUAGAUAUUUUACAUCAGUAUUGCUAUUUUUUUUAGCCAACAGUUUCUAUUAAAAACUGUAUACUAUAAUUAUAUACCUGCAAAAUUGCAUCAUCAGCAGGAUCAUAAAGUAAUUUUAUCUUAUAAUUUAUUGUUUAUACUAAAUCUGUGAUUCCAAACUUUUGAACAGUUAUCAGUGACUGGGAAUUUAGUGCAGAGUCAGCAAUUCUAUAUGAACAACGAAUGUUAUAGAGAAAAAUAUGCCUGUAGUAUAAUAAUUUUAUAGAGGAGAUAAAGCCUGAACAUCUGUAUCCAUCAGUCAUAUUUGUACAGCACAACACUGUCAUACACAAUGAAAAUGUUUGUUACAUUACUACUGUAAUAUUACUGAGCUGAGAGUGAGAGUAUUGAAGUGUUUGCACUAAAAUAAACUUAGUCUAGAACUGAAGUGUGGUGAUUAAAAUCAGACACUGCAGCACUUUUUAAAAUAUUCAUCCCCCUGAACAUCCUCACGUCUGUAUAUUAAUGCAGUCUUAUUUACAUUUAAGAGACUGAAGCUCUUAUUGAUUUUGUCUGUGUAUGUGUGUGUGUGUGUGUGUGUGUGUGUGUGUGUUUGUAAAGAAGUGAAACUUGAAUUUGAGUGUGACAUGUGGUUGUAAAAGAUUAGCACAAAAUAAACGAACACAUUUCUAAACCA